AUGACUUCGAUUCUCAACAACACAGUCUCCUCCAUCCUCUCCUCCCGAGUUAACACCACCGAACGACUCGGAGUUCUCUCCCUUCGGAAUCCAGAUUCCGUCGAGUUCACUCGUCGACGGCGGAGAUUGGUUGUGCGUGCGGCUGAGACUGAUACUGAUAAAGGUUUUGUUAAUGAGUUUGAAUCUCGACGGCAGUUAAAUCUCGGGUACCGGACAAGGCACCAGUCGGUGGUUCAAGCAUUAACCAGCUUCUUGGUAUCAAAGGAGCUGCUCAAGAGACUGUGGCAAAAGAUAAGUGAUCCUGAAAGCAUAGCUGAGAUACUUAAACAGUAUUCUCACGUAUUGAGCUGUGCUGGUUUGCUCAAGAAAGCUCAUGAGCUCUCUGUUCUCUGUGACGCUGAGGUUGCCGUCAUUGUCUUCUCCAAGUCUGGCAAGCUCUUCGAGUUUUCAAGUGGAAGCAAAGCGCAGGAAAAGAUAUUCGCGAGAUUCUCAUGGGUGAAAGCCACAGGGGAUGGCAAGUUAUAA